AGCCUUUUUAUAGCCCAAGCAUUAAACCACAGUCUAUUCCAACACUGUAUACGGUAAGAAACAGAAUCGUUUCGAAGUUCAAUCGAAAAGUUGCCAAAUACUAUUACCCCAAACCACCCCUUCCAACUUCCGCAGGUUAUGGGCCCAGGAUGUAACUCCCGAAUAUGAGGGGCGAACGAAAAUUUUAAACGGCGAAUUUCCCGUCUUCGGAACGCAUGUUUUUCACCCCCCCACCAACCCCCUGCCCAAAUCGCCCCUAAUGACAUUUUCCCGGCGGUGAAAUCUACCGGAGAACCGCCCAAUUACACGGGAAUAAUACCAGGAUCAUCGUCCGCGAGAACUACCCCGCGUUCACCCCCGAGGAGAGGGCGGAGCCUGCUAACCCCGGGGGCGGGGCCAGGGGUGAAGAAAAUGGGGUUGAGAACGUGUCGCUUAGGCAAAUCCGCGUCAUUUUACGACAGUUAUCGCGAAUUUUCGCAGUGGCGUCAUCGUGUACGUGUCCCAACAUGCCCUUCUGCGGGAUCUGACAGGGAGUUUUGGCGGGAUUCUGUGAAAAUGCAGGAGCCGAAAUCGUUCCUGAUAAGGGAUUUGCUAGGGGACGUUUUGGCGUCACGUGACGAAGAAUCCAGAGAUGCAGACACAACCAGGAGUCCAGAAACGUGUGGAAAUGAUGACGCUACUCAGCUUCCCGUAGGAGGCGCUCCCGGUCUAGCCGACAACUUCCCGGAGGCGGCCAAGGGACGCAAACCUCGUAGGCGGCGUACAGCCUUCACGCACGCUCAGCUAGCCUUCCUGGAGCGCAAGUUCAGAUGUCAGAAAUACCUCAGCGUUGCCGACAGAAGUGACGUGGCUGACGCUCUUAACCUCAGCGAGACCCAGGUCAAAACGUGGUAUCAGAACAGGCGGACGAAAUGGAAGAGACAGAACCAGCUGCGCCUGGAGCAGCUGAGGCACCAGACGACGAUGGAAAAGGAACUGUUGAACUCGAGGUCCCUGAGGAACCCAUCGCCAACGGAGCCUGCGACGUGCUGUCCAACUACUGGGAUGUCCAGGUUCGGGAGUCAAUCGCCCUGUAGUUUUUUCUCAUCGGCGGCGGCUGCGAUUUUUCACAACGUCACCUAUGUGCACGGUUGUCAGUUGUGAGGGGUUUUCCUGGGAGGAAGGAUUCGGAACUUUUUGAAUUGUUAUGAGUCGGAUUGUGGAGGGUUGGUGAGGAAAUUAUUCGGGAGACGAUGAGGAUUGUUUGUUGGUGUAGGUUGAAAAUUGAAGCCAAAUAAUGUUCAUUCUAGUCGUUCUUUUUUGUAAUAUAUUUAUGCUGAUGGAGGUGUAGUCAUAGGAGUAUUUGUCGGAAUAUA